CUAAAAGUUUCCUGUGUUAUGAAAACGACUUUGUAAAGUUUGUUAUUUUGUAAAUCGGCAUGUACUGUACUGAGGUUUUCUCUUAAAGUUUUAAAUGAAAACGCAAUGAACUUUUAAAACAAAAUAGUUAUAGUGAAAGAGCAAACUAUGUCUGCGUCGGAACACUUGUCCCGUGUGAGAAUAUUGUAUAAAGCAAUUCUGAGGUUACACAGAAGCCUUCCCUUAGAGAUGAGAGCUAUGGGUGACCAGUAUGUUAAAGAUGAAUUCAGACGCCACAAGCAAGUCAACACGGCAGAGGCUCAUGUCUUCAUGCAGGAAUGGACUAAAUACUACCUCUCUCUAGGAAAACAAUUAUCAGCUCGCAGAAAAGAACAAAUUGUGGGCUCACAUCUCAGUGAAGAAUUUGCGGAACAUUUUAGUGAUGAUCAGGCCCAUCAGUUACUGGAACUUCAUAAAGCCAUAAAAAAUCCGCAGGAAGGAGAGGGCAGCUCAACAAGCUAACCAACUGUGAUUAAUACUGUGAUGUGUUCACAAUUAUGUAAUAGUAUUUUCAUGUACACUUGUGUAUGUAAACUUGAGUGAGAGAAAUUAAUUUGUAUUUGAAUGAUGAGAUGAUUUCAGUAACUGACAUAAUUUUGUUGCAAAGGAUACCUUUCAUGCAUUGGUGUCUGUGCCAAAAUAUGAAGCUCACUUUUUUAGUACACAUACAGUAUGUUGUAAAAGAAGAUUUGAGGAGGAGAUUGUGAGAGUAAUUAAACAAUACUGCACUGUAUUUUUUUUUAUCAUUCACGGCAUACAUGUUCACAGGAUGAAAUAUUCUCCCCAUUCUUAGAUCUCAACAUAUGUUCCACUAAUAGUAGAAUCAUUGUAUAAUUUGAUACACUUGUAUUUUAUUAAUUUAUUUUUUAGAUUGCUUCAGAUUAUAAAACUGUAAAAAAAAAAAAAAAAAAAAAAAAAAAAAAAAGUCUAGAAAAAAAUUGUUCAGAUGCAAGAUUUUUUUAUCAUGCAUCAUAUGCAUUGUAUAUGUAUCAUUUUGUCCUAGAGUAUUUUGAACAUGUC